CAGCCCGUGGCCCCCUCUCAGCCUCCCAGGGGCAGUUUGACCCCCUCGGACCAGCUGGGAGAAGGGCAGGGGACGCAGUCACCAUCUAGAGCUUCUCAGCUGGGGUCGAGCUCGGGUCAAGACCUCGCGGCACCCCAGCAACCGAUGGAGGCCGAGCGUGUCCAGAGCCCAGUAGAAGCUCAGCAGGACGAGGCCAACAAGCCGAGCGAGACGGAUAACCAGCUUGUGCUGCGAACCUGCUCAUGCUGCAUGCAACAGGGUGACGGGUAUAAGGAAUGCUGCGACAAAAUCGACCGCAACCUCGUCGAAGCCUUCGCGCUCUGCAGGCGUUUUGUAUCCGCAUUCGGACCCUCCUCCUCCUCCUCCUCCUCCUCCUCCUCCUCCUCCUCCUCCUCGAAGGGGAGGCAGAGCUUCGGAGGCUCUGCGAUAGCAGAAGAGGCUCAGAGGAUGCCAGGAGGGCAGCUGGACGUAGGUCGGAGCAGGCAGGAAGAAGCUGGGGAGCGAGGAGGAAGGCACAGGAACGGAACGGACAACGUCAUCUCGUCCGUGUACGAAAUCCUUCGCAACCAGAGCACG